AUGUUCUCGAAGAUUUAUUUAUUAGUUUUAUUUCUUACUUUAAAAGAUGUAUCGUGUUUAUCCUGGCAUAAUCAUUAUCAGAAUAGAGAAAAUAAUUCAGACAGAAGAGAUGUUCAUAAAGUUCCACUUGGUUCAGAAGCCACUUUCCAUUGGAGAGUCGAUUUCAUGAACGAAAUGAUAAUCGCAGAGGUUCAUUAUAUAGGCAUCGAUAACACUUGGUUUGCCAUCGGUUUCUCAGAUUAUGGUGAACUAAAACCUGCUGAUUAUUGUGUUCUAUGGAUUGAUUGGCACCGUCAAAUACAAUUACAGGAUGCAUGGGCAGAUGAAGAAGGAAAAUUAAAUCUCGAUUUCCAGCAGAAUUGUGAGAAUUUCGCGUGGAGAAGGAGAGGAAACAUAACGAAGUUCACGUUUUCUAAGAAGUUUGAUACUUGCGACGAAAAUGACUACAUCAUGGAGAGAGGUACUACACAUUUAGUAUGGUUGAAAGGUUUAGGACCACUGUCGUCUUUAGCUGGUUUGCAAGUAUCAGACGCGAAAGCUUCUGGUAUGUCUAGAACAGAGUUAAUCAGAAUACUCCACAAGAAGCCGACAUUUCCAUCAAACGCCUGGCAAUUGGAAAUGUUAGCUGAUCAUGUGAAAGUGCCAAAUAAGGAAACGACUUACUGGUGCCGAGUACAAAAAUUACCACCUGUUUUAUCUCAAAAACAUCACAUUCUACAGUUUGGCCCAGUCAUACAAACAGGCAACGAACACUUGGUUCAUCAUAUGGAAGUUUUCCAUUGUGCUGGUCCGGUAGAUCUGGAAAUUCCUAUGUACGAUGGUCCUUGCGAUGGAACUAAUCGACCGGAGAAAACUCAGAUAUGUAAAAAGGUUUUAGCAGCUUGGGCAAUGGGAGCAGAUGCUUUUAUUUAUCCAGAGGAAGCUGGUCUUUCAAUUGGUGGCCAAAAUUUUAAUCCUUAUGUCAUGUUGGAAGUUCACUACAAUAAUCCCGAGCUUCAGGAUGGGAAUGUCGACUCUUCAGGAAUUCGUUUUAUCGUUACUAAGAGUCUUCGAAAGUAUGAUGCAGGUGUAAUUGAAUUAGGUUUAGAGUACACUGAUAAAAUGGCAAUUCCACCACAACAAGAAGCCUUUAUUUUAUCGGGACAUUGUAUACAAGAAUGUACAGGUGUUGGUCUUCCACAACAAGGAAUACAUGUUUUCGCAUCCCAACUUCAUACACAUUUAACUGGCAUAAAAGUUAUUACUCGUCAUAUUAGAGAUGGAGAGGAAUUGCCUCUAUUAAAUUAUGAUAAUCAUUAUUCCACUCAUUUUCAAGAAAUUCGUCUUCUGCCAAAACCUAUUAUCAUUUUGCCUGGAGAUUCGUUAAUAACAAGUUGCACGUAUAAAACGAUGGAUAGGAAGAAUGUUACUCUUGGUGGGUUCGCCAUUUCUGACGAGAUGUGUGUAAAUUACAUUCACUAUUAUCCUAAUGCUCGAUUAGAGGUUUGCAAAAGUGCUAUUAGCGACGAUGCUUUGAGGACUUAUUUCCGCUAUAUGAGAGAAUGGGAAAAUCAACUAACUAUUGCUGAUAAUGGAAUUUCUGCGAAUUACAAAAAUAUCGAGUGGACUAAAGUUCGCGUACAAGCUUUAUAUGAUUUAUAUCAAGCUGCACCAUUAGGAAUGCAAUGCAAUGGUUCUGAUGGAUCUCGACUUCCUGGACUAUGGGACAACAUAGCUGCCACACCAGUCAAACUACCUUUACCUCCACCAGCUCGAAAUUGCCCGGAUUCGUUAUUGAAACAAGAAAUAAUAAAUUCU